AUGGCCUCUAAGAGUAUUAUUGCUGAUUUAAAUAAAGGAGAGAAAUUGGAUGGGGAUAAUUAUGACAUUUGGCAUCGAAAGAUCCGAUAUGUCUUGAAUGAACAAGAGGUCUUGGAGACCCUAACCCAAUCCAUGACUGCUCCUCAACGAGGGGACACUCCUCAACAUCGACGCGAUCUUGAUGCCUAUGAGAGUUGGUUCAAGAAAGAUCGUUCUGCGCACUUCACAUUGUUAAGCAGCAUGAGCAACGAUCUUCUAGGCGAAUUUGAAGAGUGUCAAACUGCCCAUGACAUGUGGGAAGCCCUCAAGUUGAGAUAUGGAGGCACUUCGGCUACUAGGCUGCGCGGAUUAACAAUGACGUUUGACUCAUACUCAAUGCGCUAUAAUCAUACAAUGAAGCAGCAUUUGAGAGUGAUGUCUUCUAUGAUUCGCGAGCUUAAAGUCGCUGGAAACAAUCUCACUAAUGAAUAG